AUAGACACUCUGGUGUCCUCCGGUCCAAUCCCCUCCCUGGGUAUUGAGCUACUAUUUGUUCUUGUCUGGACACAGAUGUGAUCCUCGGUUUUGUGGUGAGUUUUUUGGCCAGCGGCAACAGUGUGGUUUCCAUGGAAAAGGCCAGAGAAAUAUGGUGUUGACGGGCUGCGUGACUGCUCUACUCCUAUGUCUCUGGUCCAAGUGAAACCAAAGCCAGCUAGCGUAGCACUGCAAGCUCCGCCCUGGAAUUCCUUGUACCGACUCUUCUCAUGUGUAGCCACAAGGAGCAUGCACAGGACUAAAGAGGUCCCAACAUUUCAAGAGAAGACGAAAGCCUUAUUUGGAAAUCUUAUGGACGAAGAAAUGAGUCGCCAGACUGCCACCGCGCUGCCCACAGGAACCUCCAAGUGCCCCCCCUCCCAGCGCGUGCCCACCCUGUCAGGCACCACUGCCUCCAACAGCGACCUGGCCAGCCUGUUUGAGUGCCCUGUCUGUUUCGACUAUGUCCUACCCCCCAUCCUGCAGUGCCAGUCUGGACACCUGGUAUGCUCCAACUGCCGGCCCAAGCUCACCUGCUGCCCCACCUGCCGAGGCCCCCUGGGCUCCAUCAGGAACCUGGCCAUGGAGAAGGUGGCCAACUCUGUCCUCUUCCCCUGCAAGUACGCCUCAUCGGGCUGCGAAGUCACGCUGCCUCACACCGACAAGACGGAGCACGAAGAGCUGUGCGAGUUUCGGCCGUACUCCUGCCCCUGCCCUGGCGCCUCCUGCAAGUGGCAGGGCUCCCUGGACGCCGUCAUGCCUCAUCUGAUGCACCAGCAUAAGUCCAUCACCACACUGCAGGGGGAGGACAUUGUGUUCCUGGCCACGGACAUCAACCUGCCGGGCGCCGUGGACUGGGUGAUGAUGCAGUCGUGUUUCGGCUUCCACUUCAUGCUGGUGCUGGAGAAGCAGGAGAAGUACGACGGCCACCAGCAGUUCUUUGCCAUCGUGCAGCUCAUCGGCACGCGCAAGCAGGCGGAGAACUUCGCCUACCGGCUGGAGCUCAAUGGGCACCGGCGCCGCCUGACCUGGGAGGCCACGCCGCGCUCCAUCCACGAGGGCAUCGCCACGGCCAUCAUGAACAGCGACUGCCUCGUGUUCGACACGUCCAUCGCACAGCUGUUCGCCGAGAACGGCAACCUGGGCAUCAACGUCACCAUCUCCAUGUGCUAGGAACUUUGAAGAAAAGAGGGUCAAAAAGUUACAGGUGGUCAGGGGGGGGCAUUUUUUUAAGUGGGUCAAAUCCGUUGUGACCUCACAACGCCUCCCCCCCCCCCGCCUCACCCCUUGAGACGUGGAACUGGACUGUCUGAUCAGGCAGCCGUGGAGCCCCAGGGGGUGUGAUGGAUGGAUGGAUGAGUGGAUGGAUGAGUGGAGGAAUGAAUAAACCCAAGAACAUAACUGUGUAGUGAUGGCUAUAGACUUCUACAUAUACAUACACACACACACACACA